GAAGACGAGAAAAGUCGUUUCCGUUUCCGUUCCUCACAAGAUCACGACAGAAGGAAGAGAAAGGGAUAGAGAGAGAGAGAGAGAGAGAGAGAGGAGAGAGUGAUUUUACCUCGGUCUUUCUUGCCUACGGACUCGCAUUCCACGCUCUCCCCCAACUUCCAUUCCCCGCUAUCCUUGCUCGCCUACCUACCUUUCCAUUCUCUUCGAUGGAAGUCGGUAGCGCCAGUUCCUGUUCGCCACCGAGUAACGCGUGCGUGGAAGGAGAUUCCGGGUCAUAGUGACCCUGCUCUUUGUCGCGACCGGGCGGAAAGGAGUUCAAGAGGCAGCAGUGGCAGAGGCGUUACAGAAGCGUUGCUUUAAAACGCUCGAUUAAGGGAGAAUAGAGAGGAGGACGAGGAGAAUUUCUUGUUUUUGGGUGUUGGCUGAUCGAACCCAGAUUUCCGCGAAGAACCACUUGUCUUGUUGAACUCAUAAUAAACAUGAACCGUUUGAACCAUGUGGAGCAUCUCUCAGUUGCAAUAAUCCGUUUGUCUUUUUGUUCUUAAAAGACAUGGCAAAAACUGUAAAUGUGGCAUGCAGCAGUUUUCUUAGGAAUCCAAAUGAGAAUAUGAGGCUUGCUGUAGCUAUCAUAUUUGGAAUUGGUUUAGGUUUUUUUGGUGGAAUUUCCUUUCCGUCAUCUAAUAUUGCAAAGCAGCUCCGCUUGACUAGUAGCGUCAUGGCCCAUAUCGAGGACAGGAAGUCAGGCCUUGCAACUGAAGCACUGUUGAACCAUGCUUUUGCUUCAGCACAAAGUCGCAACGUGAACAAUUCAAUAUUACCUUAUGAUGAUUCUUCAAAGAUCUACAUUUCUACAAAUCUUCGUGGUGCAGAAAGAUUACCACCGGAUAUUAUAGUAUCUGAGUCAGAUCUCUACCCACGAAGGUUAUGGGGCGAUCCAAGUGAGGAUUUGCAGAUCCAACAGAAGUACCUUGUAACUUUCACAGUUGGAUAUGACCAGAAAAAAAAUAUUGAUGCAGCUAUUAAAAAGUUCUCAGAGAAUUUUACAAUCAUGCUGUUCCAUUAUGACGGUCGGGCAAGUGAGUGGGAUGAAUUUGAAUGGUCAAAGAAGGCAAUUCACAUUAGCAUAAGAAAACAAACUAAAUGGUGGUUUGCUAAGCGCUUUCUGCACCCUGAUAUCGUGGCACCGUAUGACUACAUAUUUAUUUGGGAUGAAGAUCUUGGAGUUGAGCAUUUUAAUGCGGAAGAAUACAUUAAACUGGUAAAGAAACAUGGCUUAGAAAUUUCACAGCCUGGCUUAGAAGCAAAUAAAGGUUUGACAUGGCAAAUGACAAAGAGGAGAGGGGACAAAGAAGUUCACAAGGAAACUGAAGAGAAACCUGGAUGGUGUUUUGACCCUCAUCUACCGCCAUGUGCUUCGUUUGUCGAGAUAAUGGCGCCUGUUUUUUCCCGAGAUGCUUGGCGUUGCACAUGGCAUAUGAUUCAGAAUGACUUGGUCCAUGGAUGGGGUCUUGAUUUUGCCCUUAGAAGAUGUGUCGAGCUGGCUCACGAACAAAUUGGCGUAGUAGAUGCACAAUGGAUUGUUCAUCACGGUGUUCUGACACUUGGAAACCAGGACCUGAAGCUGAAUGGAAAACCAGAACGGGAAGGAGUGAGAGCGCGGUGCCGAAAGGAAUGGAGGAUGUUCCAAAAUCGAAUGGCGAGUGCGGAAAGGUCAUAUUUCAAAGCGACGAGGGAAAACUCACUCUAUCCUACAGCUACUCAGAUGAAUCACUAACACUGAUUCUUUUUCUUUUUUAUCUUAAUUUUUUUUUCUAUCACAGAAAGGGUAAGGGGAUAGAGGUAGCAUUUAGUGUUGUGGGACUUGAACAUGAUCUAUCAGUUUACCGAUCAAUCCAAAAAUGUUAAUGUGAUGCGAGUCAAA